GCCUCCUCGAGCCGGAGCCCGGUCCUCCUCCUCCGACGGUGCGCGUCGUCGACGUCGUCGCAUCCGGACGAUCCCCGGCGCCGCAGUCCUGGCGACGGCAGAGCAGAUUCCACCGGCGCUGCGUGGCUGACGACGCCGUGUCCCCGCCGUCUCCGUCGCCGCAGCCUCCGCCGUCGCGCCGCGGCCUCCUACUGCUGCCGCGCCUCGGCACGGUGUUGCUCGGAGCUCCCACGCUCGGCGGAUCAGGUCGUGCACACAGCAGACGUGCCCGGAGCCGCAGCCCCCUGGUGACAACGCCGGAACUCCGUGCGAUGCGGAGCUGUUCCCAGAGCUGUUUCCGCGAUACCAAAAUGACGGAGGACCAGGUGACCUCUUUCCUGCUGCAGAACCAGAACUUCCUGGAAGAGUUCGUGCUCAACCACUGCGAACUGGAGGUGCUCGAGAGGUGGAUCAUCCGACACACGCAGCGUAACAGAGCAGCUUCUGUACACCAGCCGCCUGGAUCUGGUCGGGGUCCUCCUCGAAAGACCAGCUUGUCCCGGUGGAAAUUCUGCGUGCACGCUGACAAGCGCAAGAUGCUACAGGAGCUGACCACGAGCCUCUACCUGAAACCGAGCAAGACGCACGUGCUCUCUGAACUGGCGGGAACCGUGGCAUCGGCCGUCAACGCGGACUCGUGGGACAUCUUCCUCCUGGACCGAGGGACACAGGAGUUGCACAGUAUCCACUGCACGGAAGGCGGCUGCCCCUGCAAGCAAGGCCCGGACGCCGGCGCUCGAACCAGCCUCGCCGCACGGGUGGCCAGGACCAGGGAGCCCCUGAGGAUAGCCUACGGAACCAAGGACCCCAGGUACCCCGACAUCGCCAGCGCGGACGACACCGAGAUGGCUUUCACUCUCGCCCACCCGCUCCUUCAGCCCGACGGGGAACUGACCGGGGUGCUGGAGCUGUACAGAAGAAUCGGUUCCCCCAUGUUUUACGAAGAAGACGAAGAGAUUGUAAAUAGCUACCUCGUCUGGGGCGGAAUCGCCCUGCACUACGCUGAGAUGUAUUCCAUCAUGGCCCGGCAGAGGAAGCUCCACAGCUUUCUGUUGGCUGUUGUUAGAUCUAUAUUCCAGGACAUGAUUAGUAUGGACUCGGUCAUUGUCAAGAUUAUGGCGUUCGCGCAGAAGCUGGUGAGUGCCGACCGGGCAUCCCUGUUCCUGGUGGAUAGCCGCACGAAGGAGCUGUACGCACGCAUCUUCGACGUGAGCGGAGAUAACGACGAAGUCCAAGAGGUGGCCAAGGAAAUCAGGUUUCCCCUUGGCACCGGAAUUGCGGGUCAUGUGGCCCAGACCGGAGAGAGUCUCAACAUCCCCGACGCCUAUGAGGACGACAGGUUCAACAGAGCAGUGGACCAGCAGACCGGCUACACCACGAAGAGCCUGCUCUGCAUGCCAAUCUUCAUCAGGGGAAGCAUCAUCGGAGUAAUGCAGAUGGUGAACAAAACGACUGGCACAUUCAAUAAGGCGGACGAAGAAGCUUUCGCCACCUUUGCCACCUACUGUGGCCUCGCCCUCCAUCAUGCCAAGCUGUACGACAAGAUCCGGCGCUCUGAGCAGAAGUACAAGGUGGCCCUGGAGGUGCUGUCGUACCACGCCACGUGCACCGAGGAGGAGGUCCGGCGAAUCGAGGCUUCAACGGCGCUGCCGCAUCCGGCGCAGCAGCUACAGACCUUUACCUACUCGCCGUACAGCAUCGGCGGCGACGAGCAGGUCGUGGCCACCAUCUUCAUGUUCAAGGACCUCUUUAAAAAGGAGCUGUUCGACGAGGACUCGCUGGUUCGGUUCACUCUGACGGUGCGAAAGAACUACCGUCGGGUCCCGUACCACAAUUGGUCGCACGGGUUCUGCGUAGCCAACGCCGCCUACGCCAUUCUCAAGCAUUCCACAGGAGCAUUCAAGCCCCUGGAGGAGCUGGCAUUGUUCGUGUCCUGCCUCUGCCACGACCUUGACCAUCGCGGUAAGACGAACCAGUUCCUGAUCAACUCUGCAUCUCCGCUUGCCAGUAUGUACAGCACAUCGACCUUGGAACACCACCACUUCAACCAAACUGUCCAGAUCUUACAGCAAUCUGGUCACAACAUCCUCAAGAACCUUUCGUCCGAGGACUACAAACAGGUCCUCAGCUACAUUAAACACUGCAUUCUGGCGACAGAUUUAGCCUUGUACUUUCCCAACAAAUCGAAGCUAAAGCAUCAUGUCGACGAAGGAACGUUUGAUCCAGGACAGCCAGAGCACAGGUCUCUGUUGCAGGCGAUCACAAUGACGGCGUGCGAUCUCUGCGCUAGCACCAAGCCCUGGGAGCAGCAGAGGAAGACGGUCCAAGUCAUUUUCGAAGAGUUCUACGAACAGGGUGACCUCGAGAAGGCGGAGGGGAGACAGCCAAUCCCAAUGAUGGACAGGACCAAGGCCCACGAACUUCCAGCAUCUCAGGUGGGCUUCCUGAAGGGCAUCUGCAUUCCUUGCUACGACCUGCUCUCCAAGAUUCUUCCGGGGGCCGAGGAUAUGAAGAAGGGCUGCCUGAGCAACCUGGCACUUUGGGAGGAGCUUGCAAGCAACGAGCAGCAGCGCCUCGAGGACCGGGGAGAAACUGAGGCCCAAUGACCGGGUCACGGAGACACCGACGCAAGAAUGUAUAACAAGAGGGCCUCCAGGCUCUUCCGUCCUCGGAUCACGCGGACGAAAUCGGGCGUGCAAGACCUUGGACUUUGUGAAGGGCCAUCUUCGAACAAUAUGCACGAAUUCAUUCCGCUAUACUUCCUUCAAGACUUAUUUGCGACGGGGGAGUGGACCCCUCAGCGGAGUCAGAACAAUGGAGCACGAGACAUUAAAGCCGUGCGCAUGAGGAGCGUGUCAACACCACCUACAGUAAUGAAAGCCCGUGUACUAGAAUGUUGACAUCAUCAGAGGGAGAUCGAUCGCGUACACAACUUGGACACGGGCACUGCGUCAGCCUUUGGCUCGUGUUCAGUCAAUGCAACCCUCGGCGUGAGAUUCGUGCCUUCCUUGUUUUUACCCAUCCGGUCUGGACCCACGUAGUUCGCAGUAUGUAAUAUAAAGCUAAAUGUCUGAGUUGAUGCCAUCCUGAAGUGAUGACGUUCCUCGGCGGUAGAGAAGGCUGUCCAUGGGCUUUGAAUAUUCUAGGUGGCGUCAUGGCUUCCUCCAUACUGACAAAGUCUGGCAGAUUGUUAAGAGACGCGGCCUCUGAAAGUGAAAAGGUAGAGCGCAGAUAAUAGACAUAUAACGUGCGCCCCGCUGCGGCGAGACGCCGAAACACGCUUGUCCCGAUCGAUGGAAUGUCCACUCGUGCUUCUCGCGUUCCUCGCGCUAUCGCUUCUAUUCUCGUCCGGUUUGAAAACCAUGUUUCGGGUCCUCGCCGCUGCAAAAAGCUGUGCGCUGACUAUAGGCUCCCCUAGAAAUGUUCUGUGCUACCAGACCCUGGCACUCCAAAUGUGCGACCGGGCACUCUAUGGCUCCGCCAUCGAACUGUCAGGCUUUGUGAGUAUAGAGGAGGCUAUGAUGGGCGUUUAGUGGACUCCACCGAUCCACUGACACGUGCCUCCCUUCGGCGCUCUUAUUGGCUCGCCCGGGCUCUCGCCGUUUCCAGGUUAUGGCAAAAGGAAGUAUAGAGGCGACCUGAAUGUAGACGCAGAGCAAACGGAAUCGAGAUUUGACGGCAAUAAAGAGGAAGCGAACCGCGUACCGCCACUCCCAGAGCUUUGCUUCAGAGUACUUCGGCCAUCUCGCUGUUUAAUCUCCU